UAGGAUUUAUCACGUUUAAAUCGUGAUUUGAAAAGGAUUAUAUUUUUGGAUUGGGAUGAAGCUGCUUAUUCAUUACAGCCAAGAAAUGCUCUACAUCAUCUAAAAAGAUGGAAUGGUAAUGAUGAUGAUCGAACGUUACUACAUUUAGCCACCUUCUUAAAAACGAUUGCUGUUAGUGGUGUAGAGGAUAUACGUGAUAUAUUAGAUCAAUAUAAUCAAGAGAAUGAGCCAUUGGAAGCAUUUUUAAUUCGACAAAAAGAGUUAUUAGAAGCCGAAGAACAAAAACAUCAAACUGUAUCAACAACGAAAACAAAACCAACAAAAGAUAAAAUGAGUAUAUUAGAACUUCAACACGAGUUUUUUGAUGUUGAAACAAAAAAUUUAGAAUAUUUAUAUCAAGCAUUUUGUAAUUAUGUCUACUUAGGACAAUGGGAGUUCUCUCGUGUUUGUUUGGAAUUAUUAUAUAAUGAGCGUUUUCAGCUGAAGAGUAGUAAUUUAGAACAAUUAUUAAUUGAAAUAAUUAAAAAUCCAGAAUCAUAUUGUAUUGGUUCAAACUCUGUUCCUUCUCCAUACCAUUUUGCCUUAUUGCUUGCUCAAGAAUGUGAAAACAAAUUUUAUCUUGAAAUGAAUAUACUCAACCCGUUGAAAAUUGAUGCGGUAUUCAGAUAUCUAUUGGCUGUUGGAAAAAUAAAACCGUCUGUUGACGUCGCCCAGAAUUUUUAUCGAUUGCAUCAAGUUUAUCAACAGUUGAAAAGUGAAGAUGUUAUAUCGAAAUAUGAUUGGCCAUCUUUAUUAAAUGAUUCAAUGUCCGAUUUUUUAGAACAAUUGUGGUCAUCUGAAACAUCACGUGUUUAUUCGAUUGUUAAAUCACUUUAUUGUACAUUUACCCAUGAAUUUUUCUUACGUAGUCAUGAAAAAGCGCUAAAUAAUUGUAUAACAAAGUUAAUAGCAUCGAAAACAAUGGAUUCUGGUCUUCAACAAUGUUUAUAUGAUCAAUUACUUGGCUUACAUCUAUACGUAUGUGAUUCAUCUUUCAAAUCAAUAAUGAAACAGACAUUAAAACAAAUUCUCAUCUAUUUUACUAAUAAUACAUUAAAUGGAAAUCAUUUUAAUUUAAAAUCAUUGUAUAAAUCUACAAUUAUUAACGGUGAUUUAUGUAAAUAUAUUUCAACAUUAGAAGCAGAACAGCGUAUGAUUAUGAUAAAUAAUAAUGAUAAUAACAACACCAACAAUACAUAUAUUAUAAUGCAUUUUUGGAAUAAAAAUUCGUUUAAUCAAAAAUUGUUUUGGAAUGAUUUAUAUUUGUACAUAUUAGAAAUGGGAAAAGAUUUGGCGCUCUCUGUUGUGCAAGAUGCACGCUCAAUGAUUCAAAAUCGAGAUUAUUCAUCCUUUGAUCAAUUAUUAAAUAUGAAUGAAUUUUCAUCAUUGCAUUUAAUAAUAUUUUUAAUUUGUUGGACAAAUGUACGAACGUUGCAUGAUGCAAUUGUCUUAAAUGAUUCAAUCUUGUCAUUGAAUACAAAAAAUUGCAAACUUAUCAAAUGUCGUCAAUUAUUUCAAAGUCAUAUUGAGUUUAUAUCCUGGCUACUUAAUGUGAGAAGGGCUGAUUUACAAACGGAUGGUAUAUCACCGUCAUUAAAUGUGUCAGAUUUACUAUCAUCUUUGCAUUCUAAUUCAUCAUUAUCAUUGAUUGAUCGUUAUUUAAAUAUUAAUUUGAUUGAACCACAACUUAUUUUAGGACAAUUACGUAAAACAUGUGUCGAUAUUGAUGAUGAUAAUCCGAAAACAAGUGAUAAAAAAAAAGUUCGUUUUACCGAUGCUAUCAAUGAUCAACCAUUAUCUCAAACAAUAUUGACCAUAUUAUUUACUGGUUAUUUAUCUAUAGCUAAUGUAUUGCAACUAAUAUUAUCACCAUCAUCACAAAUAAGAAAUGAUGAUGCAUUAAAAUUAAUUAAAUCAUAUUUAAAUCAGUUAUAUCCACUGUGUUUUCGUCUAGAAAUAUUAGAAAAUAUAUUUUCAUUAAUAUUUUUACAACAAAACGAUUUAAAACUAGAUGAAAUAAUUACAACAACAAUAAUACCAACAACUACGGAACAAAUAUCUUUGUCAUCAUCAGAUAAAUAUAUUUCAGCAUCGAUGCGUAGUCAGAUAUCAAAUGACAGUUUACACGUAUCGAUUACUAGUAGAAAUAAUUUAUCGAUGACAAUUGACGGUCGACCAAUGUCUCAGAAUGAAGAUAAUAAUGAUGAUGAUGAACAUUUAUCUGUUUAUGGUAGUUCAGUGAGUUCGGCCAGUAAUUUAACAAGUACUAUGUCAUAUUUGUACAAAAGUGGAUAUUUAAUAGAUCAAAAUAUACUCUAUGAAUUAUUAAUGAUGUUAAGAGAUCAAAUGAAUGAAUUACGAACAUUACAUCAAGGAAUACAAAAUAAAGCAAUUGAUCGCGAUACAAUCGAAUUAGAAACAAAUUUAGAUAAAUGUUUUAUUUGUUCAAUUAAAAGUGAUCAAUUUCAUGGACGAUCAGUCAAAUUGAAUACAAUAAUUAGUGAAGUAUUAUGGAGAUAUCAAUUAUUAACAACAACAACAACAACAACAAUGCCAUUAACAAAUAAUGCAGAACUCAAAAAUGAUACUAUAGCCUCUACAAAAAAUGGAGAGAAAACAAAUUUCAGUUUAAAAAACUUGAUUAUACCUUUACGAAAAAUUACUGAGGCUAAUGAAGUAAUUCGGAUAUUUAAAAUGGAAUCACAUCCAUUAGCUAUUGAAGCUCGUUUUAGUCAAUUAUUCCGCAAUACAAUAACGAAACUAAAUUCAUAUUUGUCUCCUCAAACAUCGCUUAUGUCUGUUCCAUCAUCAUCUAUACCUUCUACAUCACCAUUGAAUGCUUUGGCAGGUAUGGCAUCGUCAGCACUCGAUAAUACAUCUGUUCAAACAGAUGUUGAACAAUUAUUAGAAUCAUGUAAAACAAUAUCAGUGACAUUACCAUGUUCUGUUCAUGUUGACCAAGAACAUUAUGUCACACUAACGUUAUUCGAUUUAUCUUUGAACAUGAACUCUCUUCAAACGACCAAGACUCUAAUGGAUAUGGCUCAACAUCAUCUACCAUUGUUUACAUCAAAAUCAAACAUACAACAACAACAAGAUAAAACAAUGAAAUCAAUAAAAGAUAUAAUUACAAGUUAUAGUCAGUUGUGUAACGCUUAUUUGCUUCGACAAAAUCGUCCAUCACCAUCAUCAACUGCAUAUCCAAAAAUGACAACUUUCAGCGAAAUGUUAUGUGAUGCAACAAUUCCAUUAGAUAGUAGUAGAGCUAUGAAAACAAUUCAAUAUUUGAUUCGACUCGAUCAACAUUGUAAAAUAAAUUAUUAUCAACAAUAUUUAGCAGCAGAAGAGACAACAAAAUAUGCAUUUGUAAACUUGAUUAAAUCUACAGCCGAUUUAUUUGAUAAUGAUCAAUCAAAAAUUAACAUAGUCAACUUAGUCAAAGAUAGUAAAAUGUCAUUAAAAACAGAGACAAUGAAUUACUUCUCAAUAUUUCAUUCUUAUACUGAACGUUUUCGAAUUUUAUUAGAAAGAUUUCCUAUAUCAGGAGUACCAUCACAACCAUCGGCGAAACCCUUGGACGAAACUUAUCUACUUCAACAUUCCCCUAUGUCAAUUAUCAAUCGUAUUAUAGCAAAACCUGACAUUGAUUUAAAACAAUUACAAGUCAUGACUUCUAAUCUUAAUAUUGAUAUUUCAUUGGCUGUUACUCUAAAUAUUGUUCGUCCACUUCUCUCGACAAACAUCAAUUAUAAAAUAUCGGCACGCUCAAUUUUAAUGCAACCAAUUGAUAUUUAUUCGUAUAAAAGACAAACAACACUGCGAAAACAAAUGCCUAAAAGACAUUCAGGAUUUUUAAAACGAUUAAUGAGUCAUUUAGAAGAUAUUGAACUUAAUGAAGAACAUAAUGAUUCACAAUUAAUCAGACAUCCUGAUAAUGUUGUUCGAUCAUUAUUAACAAAAUUAAUCGAUUCUAUUCGAAAAGCAUUAAAUUCAUCAUUACCAUUACGUCCAUAUUUUUCACUUGAACAUAUUGAGAAACUAAUCGAAUCAACUGAUUAUGACGAUAUCUUAACAUUGUUACCGUUACUGGGAACAUUAGAUUUAAAUAUGUUAAUAACCAAUGAAGAACGUUUAUGUUUUUUCAUAAAUUUAUACAAUUUAUUAACUAUUGUAUCUCAUGUUGAAUUAAUACGAUCGACUGUUGAUCGUACUAUGUAUUCAAAACCAUUUCAAAAUGAAUUAGAACAUUUAUUAUUUAAUAUGACAACACGUAUCGAUGUUGGAUGUUUAAAACAAUUAUCAUUAUUUGAAUUACGUUAUUUUAUAUUACGCAAUGGUCUCGAUCCAUCAACCUCAUCUUUAGAAAAUUUUGAUUUUGAAUUAGAUCCUGAUGAUCCUUUAUUAUAUUAUGCACCACAAAUUGAUGAUACAAAAUUAUUAUUUGUACUUACAAAUUGUACAAAAUCAUCAGUACCAAUUGUGGUACUAACACCUGGAUUUGUUCAAGAACAAUUAAAUCAUGCAGUUAUUGAUUAUGUUAAUAAUUGUACUCAACAUGUUAUUGAUAAAGAAAUUUUAUAUGUACCAUUGUUAAUAUACGAACAAUUUUUCAACAACAAGACAAAACAGUUAUCUAAACUCGAUCUAUUCAAUUUUAUUUUAAAAUAUACGUAUGCCGACGAUUUAAAACAAUCUUUGACAAAUACAAUUGAUGCAGAAACAUCCGAGUUAAACGAUUCUGUCAAUCAGUCGUAUAAAAUUCAAAUAUUAUUGCCCGAUAAUGAAUUUGCUCUAAAUCUCAAUAUGGAAUGUUGUUCAUACUCUAUAAAAAGUGGCAUAAAUACAAAACGUCGUCGAACAAAUUCAUUACCAUCCAAUUCAUCAUCAUUAGUAACCACGUUAGACAUUUUAACAAAACAUUCACCUCCACAUCAUCAUCACUUAAUUGAUUUACAUACAAUUGAUUUUGUUAAAGAAAAAAGUCCAAUUCUAGGAGAAAUAUUGAACAUUUAUCUGAUAAAAGUGGUCGGUAAAUCUGAUAUUGCUUUAUCGUCAUUACCCACUCUCGUACCACUUCAAACGUAUUUUUCAUUACUCUUACAAAAAUCAAUGUUACUCGAGGACUGGUUUCGUGCCGUGGCAUUAAACGAUUUAUCAAGUCAACACGAUCUAUUAUUACAAUUUUGUUCUCAAUUAUCAUCUGAAUCAAAAUGGUUAUCAAUAAUUGAAAUAUUAGAAUCACUAUUACCGGCAUUUAUUGUUCAUUCACCAUAUUUUUCAACAUUGUAUGAUAUUUCAUUAAUUAAUUUGGCACGUGAACAAACAAAUGAGCAGUCAUAUCGAUAUAUUAAAAAAAUAAAAGAUUUUCGGCUUUUAAUACGUUCAACAUUAACAUUUAUGAAUAAAUUUAAUAUUGAUGUUUGUAUAUCAUUGUUGGAGCUCUGUUUAACAGCAUGUAAAAUGCAAAAUGAAUAUACGAUGUUAAUACAAAGAAAAUUAGAUGGAAUGUCAAUUUAUAAAAUUUUAUGUCGUAGUGCAAAAAAUUUAUUUGAUAAAUAUUUAUCACGAUUAGCAUCGGAUGAUGUAUCAUCAACAAAUGAUGAUCUAUCAGAGUUGGCCAUCAAAAAAACAUCACAAAAAUGUUUAACAUGGCAGUCGGCUAAGGAUGAAUCAUUAAGAAAUUCAUCGGCUGUCGCUGAUUUAUUUAUAUUAGAACAUCAGUAUGAUAUGGCACAUAAAUGGUAUAAAUACUUAAAUAUCAACAAUAACAUUAUUAAAAUGAAAUUAAUUGAAGAACAUAUUAGUUGGUUGUUAAAAGACAAUGAUAACGAUAAAAUACUACAUGUUAUUCAGAUGAUUGAUAACAAAAAUGAUAAAUGGAAAUAUUGUUCAGACUUAAUUCAUGAUCUAUUACAAGGACAUUUAACUAAUGAUGUGCCAUCAACUAAUCAAAAGAACCAAGCGACACCAUCGAUACCAUUUGCUCGACAUUUUGUUAAAUAUCGUUUAAUUCAGUAUACACUUGACAAUUUCAAUAGUGAUGAUUAUUUUGGUAGAAAAGAUUCGAAAUUGAAUAAAUCAGAAUUACAAACACUUUUGUAUGGUCUAUCGUUAUUUUUUAAUUGUAUACCGUAUGAACAAACCAAUUUCUACAUCCAAUUAAUUGAUUAUCCACUACUAAUAAUUGAACAAUUAAUGAUGAAUGCUUCGAUCGAUAUACUUAAAAAAGCCAUAGGUCACUUGAAACAAUGUAUCGAAAAAUAUGAUGGAAAUAAUUUAAAAACUGAACAAAAAAAAAUUGAUAAUUUAAUUGAAUAUUAUGCGAAACAGACUGUUCAGUUACAUGUGGUUAAUAAGAAGAAUAAAGAAGAGCUAACAAUAAAUGAUGAUUCAUUUACAAACUCAACUCAAUUGCCGCUGGCUUAUCAAACAAGAAUUCGUAGUAAUUCUGGUAUACAAUUUUCGUCUCCCACGGAGCGAAAUGAUAUGACCAGUUCAACAAUGCUCUCACCGUCCAUGACACAAAUCAAACCAACUAGAAUAUCGACUAACCCUUCGCCAAUCUUAUUAUCAUCUGCUACGCAUAGACGAGAACUAAAUAGUAGUCAAAGUUCAGCAAAACCAACUUUUAAAGUUCAGCAAACGAACUAUUUAAAAAUUAACUCCUCCUCUAUAUCACCUUCAUCGUCAAAUACAAGUCUCGUAUCAAGCAGUAUGAUACCAAUAACAAAUUCACCAUUAACUGAUACUAUGGAUUCAGCACUACCGCAAUCAACAUCUUUUUUAAGUAAUCUAUCAUCAUCAUUUUCCUCAAAAUUUCAAGAUCGUCAAACUCCAAUAAAACGAAACAGCGCAAUUUCAAAAAUACAAACAAAACCUCUUGCUAUGAUUGAUUCAAAAAGUUCUUCUUUUAUAAUGCCACUCGUUCCACCACCAAAAUCACUUUGGAUACAGGAUGAAAAUAUAUCUGUUUGUAUGUGUUGUAAUCGGACUCAAUUUUCCAUGUUCAAUAGAAGACAUCAUUGCCGCAGAUGUGGACGUGUUGUUUGCAAAGAUUGUUCAGAACAAUUAACAAUGAUUGAGACUAAACUCGAGCGAACCUGUAACGAGUGUGUUCAGCAAACAGCUAUGCAAAAUCAGCCGCUAAUACGAAAUAGAAGUAAAGGUCAGGAACAUUUGACUAAUGUUAACAAAUUGGUAGAGGAUCGACAACAACUACAUCGUACUGAUCCUCGCAAUCGUUCUCUUCUUGGAUUCAAACGUCCAUCAAUUGCAACCAUCUAUUUUGAAAAUAAAAAUUUAGUCAUGAAAGAUGAUUCAUUAUUAUCAUCAUCCAAUGAUUAUCUUCUAUAUGGUGACAAUCCAAUUGAGAAUACCGCACAACGUUUAUCAUUUUCACAGUUAGCUUCAAGUUUGAAUACAAAUUCAUUGUCCCAACAACAUACUCGUACACGUAUAGGACGAAAUAAUCAACAUCAACAAGUAGAUACCACUCUAUCUAUAAAACAAGAUCUUAGUCAACAAUCUUUAUCAAUAAGAAAAGAUGUAAAUGAUCAACAAAUACGAUGUCAGUUGACAGGAAAUUUACAUGAUGAUCAAAAUUUGCGUGAAGAUUUCACAUAUGAUCAAUCACCUAGUAUCUCAUUGUGUCUAUCUAUUAUUGAAUUACAUAGUGAUCAAUAUGAGAUCGGUAAAUUAUUACUGAAAUUAUGUGAAGAAUUAUCGAAUCAAUUGAGUAGUACAACAAAUGGCAGAAAUCAAGAAAUUGAUUACGGUCUAGUAUUGAACAUGAUUAAAAAUUUAUUAUUUGCUGCUAAAAUGAAACUUAUGACGGGUAAUACAAAUUUAUUCACAACAAAUCAUACACUUUUAUCCUCCUGUGAUACAUACAUUAACUUGAUUGACAUUUUAAAUCGAUUAAAUACGGCUAAUUGUGAUUUACCAACGUUAAAUGAUUUAUUACAACAAGAAACAUUACGAAGAAUUAGAAAUAAACUGUUAGAUGAUGAACGAUAUCAAUUAGCAAUGGAUAUAUCGACCAGAUGUAAUUUAGAUAGUUAUACAAUAUGGGUACAAUGGGGAAUGGCCUGUCUGUAUAUUGGUCUAUUUUCUGAGGCGCGUAAAAAAUUUGAAAAAUGUCUAAAAAAGAAACAAACAUUUUCGUCCAAUGGUGGUGAUACUAGUAAUCAACAACAAUACACUAAAAGAAAUAUAUCAGCAUCUACAAAUACAAAAAGUCAACAAGAAAAAAUUUUGAAUGAUAUUGUGAAUUAUUUAGAAGAGUCAUAUUUACCAAUGAAUCGUUUAAUAAAAUUAAAUUUUCUCUUAGAUCAAGAAACUCGUAAAUCAUCCGUAUUUAGUCCAGGUGGUUUAAAAUAUAUGAAAAAUUUAUCAUUAAUGCCUGUUCUUAACAAACAACAACAAGAUCAACAACAACGGGAACAUUUUGACGAAAUUAUUUACUAUUUGACAAAUUAUGGUGAUGAUUCAUUAGUUAUUUCUUUUUAUUUAAGACAUAAUUUAUAUACAACAGCAAUUCAAUAUUUUCUCAAAAAUAAAUGUGUAACACAAAUAUUUUUAGAUGAUAUUUUUCUACCACUACUAAAACGUGGAGAAAUUCAACAAUUAUUUGAUUAUAUACAAAAUGACAAUACAAAUAUAAAAAAAUUAUUUUUACCACAUUUAAAACAAACAUGUACCUAUUUAAAAGAACAAAAAUAUUUUCAUUCAUUAAAACAAUUACAAUUAUUUAUGAAUGAUUAUUUAAAUGUUGCACAUACAUAUAUUGAAUUAUAUUUACAUAAUCGAAAAGAUUAUAUUGAUUUCUAUGAAAAGAGAUUAGAUUUUCUACAAAAAUCCUAUGAAUAUUUUGAAUUAUAUCGUCAACAACAACAACAAAACCGAGAUUUUUCAGUUACAACAUCAAAUAAUGAAUCAACACUUGCACGUGUCCACAGUUAUAAAGCAAAAAUUCUUUUACAAAUGGAAGUAACACGUUUUAUUUAUGCACAAAUUCGGCGUUCUGAUAAUAGCACCGGAUCCAAUACACUUAUCAAUUGUCCGACACUAUUUGCAAAAAAUGAUGUUAUUGUAGAAUUGCUCGCUAGUUUAAUAUUAUUAUCGGAUACAGUUGCCAAUGUUAUUAACCUUGUGAAUAAGAUUAUUGAAGAGUUUACAUUAUCGCCAUCUAUUGUAUUUUCAUCGUGUGCAAAGCAAAUUGGAAAAAAACAUGACUAUCGAUUAAUUCAACAAUUAUUGACAUGUUUAAAGGAAAAUGGAUAUAAUGAGACGAAAUUACAUGAUGAGAUAAUCGAUAGUUGUAUACGACAAACUGGUUCAGACAUUGAACAAAGCAAAGAACAAGAUGGAUUGAUUCAAAUGAUAAAAAAUGAUGAUGUUCGAAUCAAUGCCUAUAUAUUUGUUGGUAAAUUACGUGCAGCCUAUUUAAUAGCAAUACGUUUAGGAAAAGAAGAUGCGGUUCGAUUAAUAUUAAAUAAUGCACAACGAACAGGGCAAACAGCUGUGAAAGAUAUUUGUUCAAAAUGGCUAGAAAAUCGUGCCAAAGAAGAACAAUAA